AUGGCUCUCUUCGCCGGCGCAACGGCGCAGGCGCAUGAUCGCCAGCCUUCACCCGCACCCGUAGGCUUGUCGCUGAACCUCUCAUCAAACAAUCCGUUUCGCAACCGGGCAGCCUCUCCCAACCCAUCACCCUCGACGCCCGUAUAUCUCACCGCUGCCGGCACGCCCCCGCUGGCAGUGCAACGACCCACGCGCCCAAUGUCGACAAAUCCUUUUCUCGACGACAGCGAGCUUUCCCAGCCUGAUUCAAAGGCCAGAGCGAACGCAGCAGCUCUGCCCGAAGACAUUUUUGUGAGUCUUCGCCUCGCCUGCCCUGCAACUUCCCCUGCUUCAUUCGCACGCUUGUACCUUGUUCGCCCUCCAACGAACGGAGCUCCACCACGACCAAUUCGACCUGCCCCGUCUUAUCGCGCGCCAGAGCGACCCUCUGGUGAUCGACCUCCACGACCUGCGCGAGAUCCGGCCAGCCCGAACAAAAACGGUUUCGCUCGCCCUCGACCGCGGCGAGCAUCCGAGUCGUCCGUCAUGGAGAAGGACCGUCGACCACGUAUGGACCGCGAUGGCUUUGACAGCCGGCCACGCACUGAAUCUGAGGAGCAACGGCGGCGAGAGAGGCGCAAGGAACGUGAAGAGCGACACAAGCAAGAAAAGGAGAAGAUCAGGAGAGGCGAAAAGAAGCCACGGAAGCCGCAAGGACUCGACAUCAUCGACAAAUUGGACGUUACCGGCAUCUACGGACAGGGACUUUUCCAUCAUGACGGACCUUUCGAUGCUUGCAACCCACACCGCAAUGCCAAGAAAGACCGCAAGGCACCAAUGCAGGCUUUCCCUGCAGAUUCUGCAAACAUGCAACUCGGUGGAGCUGGUCCACUGCGUUCUCGCCUUGAUCUGGACAGAUUUCAUGGCCGGGGCGAAGAGAGCUUCUCGGAGUUUGCAGUGACGCGGAAGCCAGCUACCACAGUGAUAGACCCACUGCAGCGCACAGAGCCUGUACAUGGAGCUGAGACCUUCGGCUUGGGAACAUCCACCUUCUUGGAAGGUGCGCCUGCUAGUAGAAGCGCACUGCAGAGGCGAGAUUCUGAGGAUCCCGAGCUGAACGGAGGCGGUGGAGGCUUGUCGCGCAAGAAGUCGCUUGCGCAGAGAUUCCGUGGCAUGUCUGCAUCCCGGCGAGACAGGCCUGGUGACCUUCGGAGUCCAGAUGCGCGGUAUCAAAUUCCUGCACAGCCGAAUGGCGCUUGCAGCCCAGAGGUUCAGCAGCUCAAAGCAUCGAGCGCUGGAGGCCCAGUUCAAGCAAGGCACAACAAGGAGAAUGAAGUCAACGUGUUCGACAAUGACUACGAAGCUGCAUUCAACAAAAAGGGUGCUCAGAUCAAAAUCGCGGAGCAAGACAAGCCUUCAAUGGGAAGACCUCGCGCUACUAGCAGCCCGAAAGCUCCAGCCCUGUCGAGGAGCUUGACUUCUGAUGGCCGCUUGUCAAGUCGUGGUAGAGGAAGCAGUGGAGAGGAAGAUCGUCCGGAGAAGGGUGGCGUAAGCGGGUUUCUCAAUCGAAUGAGAUCGGUCAAGGGCGGUCCUCGACGGCCGACCAGAAAUGUGGAGUAG